AUGCACUCGCUGCCCUGUGCAAGUGGUGGAGAAGAUAGUGUGUGCGUGGCCCUCACACAGCUGUCGAAGUCGACGUUCCACACGUUGACCACUUCGAUUGCGAACUUUACGUUUCGUUUUUUUGCAUUACUACAGCGCCUCAUGGAGGACAACACCAAUGGUCUGCAAGCUGGCGGAUGCGACAGCAGCGAUUGCCUGUUCUGCCAGUAUCGCUCGAACAGCCCGUUCCACCUUAACGCGUAUGCUGGAAAGCUAACCUCUCUGUUAAGGAAACGAAGCUUAAACGGCAUGAUGCUGACUUCGCUCAACACCCGCGUCGACGCGUCAGCCGAGCAAUGCGCCGCGCUCCCCGCUAUCUCCCCUCCGACAGUCGCACGGUGUAGCGACAGCAAGCGGCACAGACAGAUGACCUCCACAAACGGCAUGGUCACUGCAUCAGGAUUGACACCAGGCCUGGCAUCCGAACCAUUCUUCGGGCCACCUGCCUUGACCGCAGUGUCAGGCACGACCGCACCCACAGCCCCUCACCCACACCGGCACCCACUAGCCGAAGUGGACGAGCCCCAUGACUGCCUAACCAUGUGUGGAGGUCGCCAAUGUUCCGAUCACAUCCUACACGGGGCCGUUUCAUGGUUGCAUGGGGAGGACGUCGUACCUACAACCACUGCAACUACCGGUUCAGCAAAGCCAGCGGAGCAGCCCGCUCCGGCUCCUGCUAUGGACCCGGACUCAGCUGGAAUUGAGGACAAUGCCGGUGCGGGUAUUGUCCGUGCAUCUGAGGCAGCGGCGCCGACUGAGGUAGCGGCGGCGACGGUCUCAGGUUUGGCGGCCAACGCUGGCGGUGGCCUCGGCACCACGCUGGCGCCGCCACUGUCGCUAGUCCAAAAUCAUCAUCCAGAAUCCAGGAUCCAAGCUUCUGUCCAAACUCAACAACUACUUGCUCAUCCACGUCACCAGCAGGCCCACUGCCCGCUCAGACCCGAACAGCACCAGGGCCGUCACAAGCAACAACAGGGCCCGCCAUCUGAGGUGCACCAACAACAAGGGCGAGAAGCCGUGCAGCCGUCACCGCCACUACCACCGCUCGAGCAACAGCAGCAGCAGCAGCGGGCGGGGCGUUUGGUAUGCGGGCGGGAGUUGCCGGAGGGCUGGUCCUUCCAGGGGCAGUGGCGGAACCUGCCUGACCCCGUGCCCGCAACGCUGAAGGAGCUCGUCCGCCUGCCAGGGCCGUCGUACUAUUCACGUCACGGUCCCGGCAGGCGACCACCUGGCUGCGAUGUAGGGCCAUCGGGCUCUGCUUGCAGCGGGUCGGCUGGGAUUAUAUGUGCUUUGGAGUUUUCGCCCGAUGGGAGGUUGCUGGCGGCUGCUGGCGUGGAUAAGCAG